AUGUCCAUCACAAUCCGCCCCGCCGUAAAAGGCGACCUCGACGCCAUCGUCAAAAUCGCCCAACUCGUGGCACCAUACGCGGAAAACAUACCCUACCUCUACCCAGAAGAAUACCGUCAAGAUCACUUGAAGAGACUCCGCAAAGAAUACCACUUUUGCCUCUUCUCUCCAGAUUUUAUCUUGAUGGUUGCAAAUGUCCCCGACUCAGGAACACCAGGCGACAUCGACAUGCAGGGUAGCAAAUCCAUCACCGCCUGCGCCAUCUGGACCAAAGUUCCCAAAGACGGCCCGAAUGACGAGCCAGUGGAUAUCACCAACACCACCUACGAGGAGCUCACCAAGGAGCCGGAACAACCGCUAGAAAAGCCGUCCGACAAGCAGCCCCCCGAUACGAGCGAAGAAAACAUCAGCCAGUGCCGUAUGAAGGCCCUCAACGCUGCCGUCGCGCGGGAUUAG